AUGGCGCUGUCGCCCUACGUGCAGGCCAUGCAGGAGCUGUUCCGCGCCAACACGCGGAGCCGCGAGUUCCCGGCGCACGGCGCCAAGGUGCACUCGGUGGCCUGGAGCUGCUGCGGCCGCCGCCUCGCCUCCGGCUCCUUCGACAAGACCGCCAGCGUCUUCCUGCUCGAGAAGGACCGGCUGGUGAAGGAGAACAACUACCGGGGCCACGGGGACAGUGUGGAUCAGCUCUGCUGGCACCCCAGCAACCCUGACCUCUUUGUCACGGCGUCCGGGGACAAAACUAUCCGCAUCUGGGACGUCCGCACCACCAAGUGCAUUGCCACUGUCAAUACCAAAGGGGAGAACAUCAAUAUCUGUUGGAGCCCUGACGGACAGACCAUUGCAGUGGGGAACAAGGAUGACGUGGUCACCUUCAUCGAUGCCAAGACACAUCGCUCCAAAGCUGAGGAACAGUUCAAGUUUGAGGUGAAUGAGAUCUCCUGGAACAAUGAUAACAACAUGUUCUUCCUCACUAACGGGAAUGGCUGCAUCAACAUCCUCAGCUACCCAGAGCUGAAACCCAUUCAGUCCAUCAACGCCCAUCCUUCAAACUGCAUCUGCAUCAAGUUUGAUCCCAUGGGGAAGUACUUUGCCACAGGCAGUGCUGAUGCAUUAGUCAGUCUCUGGGAUGUGGAUGAACUGGUGUGUGUGAGGUGCUUCUCAAGGCUUGACUGGCCUGUGCGAACGCUGAGCUUCAGCCAUGAUGGGAAGAUGCUGGCAUCAGCAUCAGAAGAUCACUUCAUUGACAUUGCAGAGGUGGAGACAGGAGAGAAGCUCUGGGAGGUGCAGUGUGAGUCCCCCACCUUCACAGUGGCCUGGCACCCGAAGAGGCCGCUGCUGGCCUUCGCCUGUGACGACAAAGAUGGCAAAUAUGACAGCAGCCGGGAGGCAGGCACCGUCAAGCUCUUCGGGCUCCCCAAUGACUCCUAAUGAAACCACACUGGGGGAGGCAACGCUUUCCUGCUCUCAGGGAUGGGAGAGUGCUUAGUUAGUGUAGGACGGGGUAAGGAGGUAGCUCCCCUCCUUGCCUGCUUGGCAGUGCUGCGACCUUUGGUUCAGCUCUGUGCAUACUGCUCUCGGGAGCAUUUGUAAAAAAGCAGCUUGUGUGUUGAGAAGGAUGGGGGGAUGCUAGCAGAGCCCCCUUCACCAUCUCAGGGCUGCCGCUGCCUCCUCUCUGGGGCAUGGGGGGGCUUGUUCCAAAGGCAGGUGGUCAAAGAAAGUCAGUCACUGAAGGUGUCUGCUGAGGAGCCUCCUGAGAGAGGAGCUCCAGGCUCUCCAGCAGUGAUAAGCUACGUGACUGUCCCCUUCUGCCCCACGGCCUGGUGGCGAGGGCAGCCCUGGGAGCACAGCCUGCCCCUUCCCCUCCCAGACACCCUGUGUCCCUUCCCCGCUCUGGGGCAGCGAGGGGAGGAUGGGGGGGAUGCGAAUUGAGGGAUGUUUCCCCAGCUGGGGCUUUUUUUUUUUUA